UAGAGCAGACGGUUAAGAUUCGACUCUAUUAGACAGACAUGGCUUCUUGUAAGGACACUAGCCAUGCUUCUCCAGAUGGUCGAACAUGGCGCAGUUACUUCCCAGACGGUGAUCUAUGGGUAUUUGGAUAUGGCUGAUGUUACCAAGGAGCUUGAUUUGGAAGCCACCACCGCAUUAUGCACCGACCAUCGAGGAACGCCGGAAAAUCCCGGACGAGUAGUAACGGUCAUAGAACGGGGAUUUUGGGAGACAUUGAAUGAUCCGCUUGCACAACUAGAAUCAUCGUCAGCAGGUCGAGUUUGGGGCGCAGCAUACCAUAUUCCCGCCUCGCAUGCCGAAGAAGUCCAUGAUUACCUCGACGAGCGCGAGAUUGACGGAUACACUGUGCAUUAUACUCCAUUCUACCCGUUCUUGGGGUCCAAGGCCGCGGAGUCGGAAUCCAAACCGAUGACCUGCAUGGUGUAUAUCGGGCAACCUACCAACCCACAGUUCCUGCGUGACCCAGCUCGUCGUGAGCCGGAAGAUGUUGCGGAGGUGAUUAGUCGCGGAUGGGGUCAGAGUGGGAAAAAUACCGAGUAUCUUUAUCUGCUAGAGAAGGCGCUUGAGGGUCUCGGGCUUGGAAGUGCUGAUGGCUAUGUCACGGAUUUGGUUCAACGGGUGAAGGCCAUUGAGGAGGACGAUGAGGCGGCGAGAGAUGAAGAAGCGGCUGAGAGGGAUUUACAGAAGUCGCUUAGUCGGUCAGAGGAGGAGGCACAUCGGGCUUUCCAAAACGAGGAAAGAGUGUGA